AUUCGUGUCCCUUGGUUAGUGCGCGUCUCGGCUCCCGCGGCUGCCCCGCCUCUCUACUACACCGCUAUACUGCGCUGCAGUACUAUAUAGUACACUACUGCUCUACACAGCGACGUAUACUCUCGAGUGCUGCCAACGUGGUGCGCGCGUGCGCGUCGGCCCGGCCAAUCGGCGCGCGGCUUGACAAGACGGGGGAAGGGCGCGACGGAGAGCGCGAGGCCGCGAGCGCACCCGAGCCAGGCCUCGUCUGUCGCCGACCGCCGCCGCAGUCGGUUGUGCCUCUCAGCUCAGCAGCCAGCAGCCUUCUCUCUCUUUCUCUCUCUCUCUCUUUCGCUUCAAGUCUGUCUCACUCGCUCUCAUCGCCGACCGUCUUCGUCGUCUUUGUUCGGGAAGGCAAGUAGCACAGUUUUCCAAAUUUCACCGCGGGACUCAGUUUUCGAACGCGACGUUCUGCUGCAUCGAAUUUUUUCGAAUUUGAAUUAUACCGCCGCGAAUUGCACUACGCUCUCGGUUUUGUGUCAGCGAGGGAUCGAAGAAGAGGGACGCAAGAGACACGAGGUUUAUUGAAGAUAAAACGACCUCGCGUCGACGAAAACAGAGGAUCGGUUAAAACGUCCGGCGAUAUAGGAAGCGCAAGCCAUGUCGUCGGAGAAGGAGAAGGACCUGCAGAAGGAGCUGGAGAUGCUGAAGAAGAAGGAGCGCGAUCGGGAGAAGGAACUCCAAAAGGAGCUUCAGCGUCUCAAGGCCAAACAGGAGCAACGCGAGAAGGAGCUUCAGAAGGAGCUGGAGAGACUGCGCAAGAAGGAGAUGCAGCUGGAGCAGGACAAGCAGAAGGAGCUGGAGCUGAAGAAGCUGAAGCAGAAGCAGAAAGAGGAGGAAAAGCUCAAGGAGCGAGAGAAGCAGAAACAAAAGCAGGAGGAGAAGCAGAGGGAGAAGGAGAAGCUGAAGGAGCUGGAGAGACAGAAGAAGCUGGAGAAGCAGAAGCAGAAGGAGCUCGAGAAGAAGGCGAUGACUAAGGACUCGGUGAGCGUGUCCAUCACCACCGUGGAGAAGAAGCAGGAGAAGAAGAAGUGAGUCGUCGCAUGCUGAGCAUAUGCGGAGCCUUGAGCAACUUCAUACGGAGGAGAGCUGUCCGUCUCGAUGUAUGUGACUGGAAGAUUCUAGGCGCGCGAAUUCGUAUAUGGGAAAAAGCGUCAUUGAACAGUUUGAUUGGACUGAGACGUCGAGGUGGACUUGGUUGUAUUAGAAAUUGUAUCGCAUAUCGAUUCUAGCCAAUUUGUACAUAACAAAACGAAAUGACGAAAUACUUUCGAAUUUUGCAGCGACGUUGGGACUAUCGGGCACUUAAUCGCAAGUGUAAAGGCUUCGGAUGGUCAACAAGCUAUAUUAGACGAUUAUGCACAAAAAGAAAAACUGCCGCUUUUCCGUGUCAAGUUGUUUGCGUUCGAUUCUCCCUAAUAAACUCGUAUCAAAAAGACUCGUAUACGAAAGACUAAUGAACCUGUAAAUUAUAUACUCAUGUAUAUUAUACUAACGAUUAAUUAUAUAUAAUAACCUUUUAUAAAAACUGUAUACACACAGCAGGCCGAAUAAAAGUUUGAAAACAGAGAAGAAAAACCGAA